AAUAAUACUCCCCACAUACCUUCUCUAUAGUAUGUUUUAUUUGAUCCAAAAGAAAAAAGAUUCUCUGUUUGUAUUGUUUAAACUUGCUUGAAGUCGUCCUAGUCUCCUAGGUCGAUUCCUGGAAAACGAAAUGAUUAACAAUUUAGGUUCAAUUGGAAAUUUUUGUACACGAAAAUUCUCGAUAUUGUGCUUAUAUAAACUCUUAACAUCGAUGUGUGCUUAAUCACUCAGCCUCUAUUUUAGGUUUUAACUUGUUUCUAUAUAUUUCAUUAACAUUUACUAUCGAUGGCUUGCAAUAUUUGCCUCAAGAAUAUUAUUGUUCUUGUUCUUUUUUUCAUUCUUAGCCUAUGUACCUUUAUAGUAACUUCCCGUGACUUAAAACAAUUAUCUAUGCUUGAAAGGCAUGAAAAAUGGAUAGCUCGUCAUGGACGUGUAUACAAAGAUGACAUAGAAAAGGAACAUCGCUUCAAAACAUUUAAGGAAAACGUUGAGUUCAUCGAAUCGUUCAACCAGAACGGAACUCGGCAUUAUAAGCUAGCCAUCAAUAAAUAUGCUGAUCUGACCACUGAGGAAUUUACGGCAUCAUUUAUGGGGCUCGACACUUCAUUGUCCCAGAAAGAAUCAGCUGCUCCAACAACGUCCUUUAAAUAUGAUAGUGUGACUGAAGUUCCAUUUAGCAUGGACUGGAGAAAGAGAGGCAGUGUCACAGGAAUCAAGAAUCAAGGUGUUUGUGGAUGUUGUUGGGCAUUUUCUGCGGUGGCAGCUAUAGAAGGAGCAUAUCAAAUCGUAAACAACGAACUAAUCUCUCUAUCGGAACAACAAUUAUUGGAUUGCACUACGCCGAACAAAGGUUGUAAUGGUGGACUAAUGACUUACGCCUACGAUUUCUUACUUAAGAAUAAUGGCGGGGGCAUUACCACGGAGACUAACUAUCCUUACGAAGAAGCUCAAGAUGUUUGCAACACCGAUCAAUCAGCAGCAGUGACAAUCAGUGGCUACGAAGUUGUCCCACCAUAUGAAUCUGCCCUACUACAAGCGGUAGCGAAUCAACCAAUAUCUGUUGGUAUUGCUGCUAACCAGGAGUUUCAUUUGUACGGAGGUGGGAUAUAUGAUGGAAGUUGCAACACUCAGCUGAAUCAUGCAGUCACAGUGAUAGGUUAUGGGACAAGUGAAGAAGAUGGUACAAAAUAUUGGAUAGUGAAGAACUCAUGGGGCAGUAGUUGGGGUGAGGAAGGAUACAUGAGAAUUGCUAGAGAUGUUGGAGUUGAUGGUGGCCAUUGUGGCAUUGCAAAGAUCGCUUCUUUCCCAACUGUUUGAAUCGUUAGAGUUUGCCAUGAAUUUCCUACUUUAUCUAGAUUCUAUUAUAAUAAAAUAAAUUUCAUGAAAAAUGUUUUCUCUGUGACAAA